AUGACUCAAUACGAUAGUCGUACCAGUGUUGCCGAUCUUGUCGGAAACACCCCCAUGGUUGAGCUUUCCAAGCUCCCCAAGGCUUUGGGAGUUAAACCUAAAGUCUACGCCAAGCUCGAACUGUACAACCCAGGUGGAUCUAUCAAAGAUCGUAUCGCGAAAUGUAUGAUUGAUGAUGCUGAGGCCUCUGGCAGAAUACAUCCCUCUAGAACAACCCUAAUCGAACCCACGUCUGGUAACACAGGUAUUGGUUUGGCCCUGAUGGGUGCUGUCAAGGGCUACAGAACCAUCAUCACCUUGCCUGAAAAAAUGUCAAAUGAAAAAGUGUCUGUCCUGAAAGCGUUGGGUGCUGAGAUCAUCAGAACCCCCACAGCAGCCGCGUGGGACUCACCAGAGUCGCACAUCGGUGUUGCCAAGAAGCUGGAGCAGGAAAUCCCAGACGCGGUCAUUCUAGAUCAAUACAACAACAUGAAAAACCCGGACGCCCACUACUUGGGCACGGGUAAAGAGAUCCACUACCAAUUGGAACAACUCAACCUCUUCCAAAAGCUGCACGGUGUUUUUGCCGGUGCGGGAACCGGUGGUACCAUUAGCGGUAUCUCCAAAUACCUGAAGGAACAACGUUCAGAUGUCAAGAUUGUGGGUGCAGAUCCAGAGGGUUCUAUUUUGGCCCAGCCUGAGUCACUCAACAAAGUUGACGCAGCAGUCGAAUACAAAGUCGAAGGUAUCGGCUACGAUUUUGUUCCAAAAGUUUUGAACCGCGACUUGGUUGACGUUUGGUACAAAACUAACGAUAUCGAUGCCUUUAGAUACGCCCGCCAGUUGAUCUCUAACGAGGGCCUUCUUGUGGGUGGAUCGAGCGGAAGUGCUUUCGCUGCCAUGAUGGAAUACUGCCAGGAACACCCAGAGCUUACCGAAGACGAUAUUCUUAUUGUCAUCUUGCCAGACUCCAUCAGAUCGUACCUGACCAAGUUUGCCGAUGACGAGUGGCUAAAGAAGAACAACUUGUGGGAUGAUGACAUUCUUAAACCACUAGGCAGAAGCCAAAGCGACACUUUCAAGGGUGCUACUGUCAAGGACUUGAAUUUGAAGCCAGUGGUGUCUGUUAAGGAAGACGCUCCUAUCUCAGAAGUUGUGAAGAUCUUGACCGACAACGGCUUUGACCAGUUGCCAGUAUUGACUCAAGAUGGCAAGUUGUGUGGUCUGGUGACGCUUUCGCAACUACUCAAAAAACUAUCUUCCGGCGAUGCCGUUAAAAGCAUUCAGAACCUGUUCUUCGAUUUCAGAGGGCUCAACAACUUUGAUGAGGUCUCUUCUUACAACGAAAACAAGUCUGGUAAGAAGAAGUUUGUCGACUUCACCAUUGACAGCAAGCUUUCGCAGUUGAACCAGUUUUUCGAGAAGAACUCGUCCGCAGUUAUCACUGAUGGCCUAACUCCAGUGCACAUUGUCACCAAAAUGGACCUACUCGAGUUUUUGACUAAAAAGUUUUAG